GCACAUGCAUAAUCCUGUACAUGUUCUAAAUCAUCACUCUUGGUUCAGGCCAAGUCAUAGCACUUGUGGGACCAACCAAAACAGAAGCUCGCCUGCCUUGGAGCUGGUCGGGUAGCAAGAGAUGGAAUUUAUUUAAAGCUGUCUUUCACCACAAGUGAAGACUGCAAUGUCCCUGAAAAGAUAUUGUCUGAUUCUGCUACUAAUAAGGCUCAAAUGACCUUGAAAGGCUCAGGGAUUUCUGUAAUUCUCCACUCCAUUUAUAAAGGGCUGCAACAAUGAGAUUGUAGGACAGUGCCUGUGGCCUUCACAAAUCAGAGCUGAGGAGUCAGGAGCAGAGCUGUGAAACUUGACCUCCUCUGUACCACAGCAGGAUAUCAGCUCACCUGCAAAUUCAUCUUUAAGGGGAUGAACAAUCAAUAUAUUCGUCGAGAAGUCUUCUGCUGUGAAACUUGUCAUGAGCUCAAAAGCUUCUGGGAAAAAGAAAUUAGCAAACAGACUUGUUACAGGGAACUGGAGGAAGAUCGUCAGGGAAGGAGCGCCCUGAGAAAGCUCAGAGAAGAAUGGAAACAGAGACUGGAGAAAAGGCUGCAGAUGCUGGACACUCCUGAUGAGAAGAAAAAGCAAGCAAGCACAGUGGGCUGAGAGCUGCCUGCUUCAUCCACUGCAAAGAUAACAAACCACCAAGGGCACUCUUCUAGAAGAAAAAUCUAACACCCAAGCUAUGUUGAUUUACUAACCAGGAUACUCUCUUUGCUUUCCCAUUUGUAAGGGAUUUACAUGUGAAACCUCCCCCAGUGCUAAUGGGAGUCAUUAUCCAACUCAAUCCUCUCUGCACAGGACAGAGUGACAGGCAAUGUGACAGGGAAGCUCAGGUUAUUUAAUAUAAAAAGCUCUUAGAAUUAACACUCCCCAGGUUUGAAAGACCCAUGUAGUGUAAUUUAUUUCCAUGUUUUCUUUUCAUUUUCAAAUCUGAAUGUUUUAUCUAAGCUUACCAAGGGCAAUGACCUGGAUGGGAAUCUGGCUUCUCUGGAUCUUCUGGAAAAACAGAGUCAAUCUUUUCUUCCUGUCCUGCUUUUUGUGAAUACAGAAAUGCAACUACUUAAAAAAAAAUAAGGCUAUUAUUAUAAAAAGAAUAAUUUAUUAACUAUACAGUUUGAAAAUGAAUUGAACUAAGUAUCUUUCUCUUCCCUUCAUAUGAAUUUUUUUCUCAUAAACAUAUUUAA